AUGCCACAGCUUGCAGAAGGCAGCGCGUCACAAGCAGUUUUCCACGCAGCUGCGGCGGCCCUGGUGCAGGCCCGGCAGGGGCUCGCCGCCGCGCUGCGCAGCUGGCGCCGGAGCACAGCCGAGCUGGCAGCCGUGAGGGAGCGAUUGGCCUGCAAGUACAGCCAGGUGGAUGCAGCCUCCCUCAGGACGGCAGCAGAGUACGGCACUGGCCUCGACAGAGAUGCCCCCAUGAAGCUGCUCCACGCUGCACGGGUCCUCGGAGCCGCCGAGGCCGACGCUGCCGAGGCGGCGAAGGUCCUGGUGUUGCUCGGGGAUUCAACGGACGGCGAGCAGCUGAUGCUGUCGCAGUGGUUGGCCCUUUGCCAGUUAAGCAAAGGAAGUCGUGCUUCGGAGCUGAUCAUGUAUGGCAACGUCAGCUGCGUAGGUUGGGGUCGGCGCCGGUUCCAGCUGACCUACGGCGAGGUCUCGGCAAAGUCGAAAGCACUGGCUUCCGCGCUUUCCAAGAUUCGAUGCAGAGAAGAGGGCGCAGCCACAGCCUCGGUGGACUGGACCGUAGUUGCCAUCCACCAUUCGCGGGAGGAUCCAGAUUUCCUCCCUACGCUGUUGGCAGCGAGUCGCUGUGGGCAGCGCUUCGUUUUGCUCAGCCGGGAUCUCACGGACGAGAAGCUGCAACGAUCUCGGAAUGACUUCGUGCUGCACUCACUGCGGCCCUGGCUGGUCAUCGGUGGAGAUGGCAAUAGCGAGGCGCACCGCUCUGUUCCCCGAUUGGAGGAGCCUCGGGGCUCCCUGCUGAAUGGCGAUGACCACCACGUGCCGCCCGUGCCUUCUGAUGGGAUUUGCUUCAUCUUCACUGGCGGCACAGUACGGACGAAGAUCGUCGAGGUCACGCACAGGAUGUUUCUGCAUGAGAAGUCGAGCUAUUGGGAGCUUUGGACUCCGCGGCGUCGGCCUGUGGUUCUGGCCCAUACGAGCGUCUACUGGGCCGCGUCAGCGCUUGGACAGCUGAGCAUUGCCCUGGCGUACGGCGGAACUGCUGUUUUGACCGAGAUGACCGAGGUGGCCAAGCUGCAGCAGUGCAUUGCUGAGGAGCAGAUCACUGUGCUGGGUGUGGUUCCUGAGCAUUUGGACUUGCUGGCACGCAAACCUGCAGAGGAUUUGCCCAACAUCGAUCUCGUAUUCACUUGGGGAGAGCGCCUGCCGCCACAGCUGGCGCAGAGGUGGCGCGGGCAUGGCGCGGCCCUCCGCGAGCUCUUAGUGUCUUCAGAGUAUUGGCUCACGUGCUGGGCCGAUCCUUUGGAAGAUGGGCUGCUGCGCGGCGUGCGCGCGGCCAAGAUUUUGGUUCUUACAGACCAAGGUACUGAAGCCGCUCAUGGCGAGCUGGGGAUUCUGUGCAUUGGAGGUCCCAUGGUUAUGGCUGGCUACCACCAGAAUGCCCGUGUUGCGGCACCGGCGGAUGUGUUUAUAGUGCACGAGAACCAGCGCUUUUUCCGGACGAGUGACCUGGUUCGCCGCGAGCGUGGCGGAAUUGUUUUCAAGGGUCGGGCCGACAUGAUGGCGAAGUCAGGCGGAAAGUGGGUCGACAUGACAGCCGUGGAGGACACCAUCAUUGGCACUCCCGGCGUUCAAGCUGGGAAGAUCCUUCCGGACAGCGCCAGCGAGCAGUUUCACGCUUUCGUGGCCCUGUCCGGGGAGCAGAUGAGGCCAGAUCGUGUCCUCGACGCUGUGCGGCAAAAGUUGCCGCCGCGGGUGCAGUUGUGGUUGCUGACCGACCUUCCACGGCAUCCUGUCACGCGAAAGAUAGACCUCGCGCAGUUGUCGCGCAUCAUCGAGGCUCCUCCAGCCUCCUGGCCCCUGGAAAGUGGCGAGCCGACGACUAUGUACAAAGAGAGGCUCCAACAGACGCUGCAGAGUCAGGUGCUGUGGACCAUGGUCGCCAUGGGCACGUCCUGCGUCUGCGGCUGCUCCACCGGGGAUUUGCCUCGGCAGUUGGGCCUGACUGCCGCCUGGCUCGCCGCCUUGCGCUGUUUGGCCGGCUUGCCAGGGACUGCGCCCGUCCCGCGCUUGGCGGCCACAGUGUUGUGGCUCGCCACCUUGCCGCGCUGGGAGAAGGCCAUGCUCCUCCGCUGGCUCUGCUCAGCCUCCGCCCUGACCUUUAGUUUCCUGGCGCUGACGCAUGCUGACGAUGCGCGACAGAGGGGCCUGUCCGUGGGCCUGUGGAUAUUCCGGGUUGUUGAUGAGCUGCCCAUGUGGAAAUUUGGCUUCUUCGUAUGGACGGCGCUGCUUCGACACGCCCCAGCACCUCUCGGCUGGGCUGCCGCUGCGGCGUUGGGGGCUGCCGCGGCGAGCGGGGCCUUCUUUGCCGGCCACCGCGGUCGGCUCGGUGCUUUUCCGCUGCUCUUUUGGGGCCUAGGGAUUGGCCAUCAGCUCGAAAUUGACAUCCGCGGCUGGGUACACCUGACCACGUGGCGUGAUCAUGCCUGGAGGCUCUUGGGCCUUUGCCAGGAGCAGCUGCUGCGCUUCUGGCCGACGCCAGCGACGCCCGUGGCCGACGCGGAGCCAGCUACUGAGGAGAAGCCUGCGGAGUCCGAGACUCCACGCUGCACGGGCUGCGGCGAGGAGGCCGGAGGGUGGUCGCUGACUCUUCCGCGCCGGAAGAUUCUCUGCGAGCGCUGCACGCAAACCUUCGCCGAGACUGCAGAAGCCAAAGUGGCUGCGUUUGUGGAAGGUGCAUCGCCAGGCCUGGCUGAGCCCCUGGCGAAGCGUCCACGCCUAGAUCCUGGCGCUGGAGGGGAGGUGUCAUACCUGCAGCGGCUGCAUGCGGCCAAAGGACAGCCGGCUGCAUCCAUCGACCUGGAAGAGAUUGAGAAGUGGUGGUGGUACCACCAUGUCUGCGACGAGAUUCAUGAGCUGCCGACACCAGCAGGUUGGGAGGAGGACGUGGAACAAUCCCCCGAUCCGAACCCCAACCUCAGCGCGGAGGCCCAGCGCCUCUUCAAGGCACUUGGCGAGGUGGAGCCGCUCCUGCGCCCCGUCACCCCUUCGAGUGUUCUGCUGGGUCUGGACUCCUUACGCAUCGCGCGGUUGGCCAACAAGCUCCGAAAUGAGUUUGGCUGCAUGGUUCCCGCGCCGCGCAUCCGCGAAGUGCGGACUGCCAAAGAGCUCGCAGAGAUUGUCGCUGUCGCCCCACGCGUGGCCGCAUGCGACACCGUCGUCGGUGCGAUGCCAGAGGACGUCGGCAAGGAAUAUGCCAUCUGGUUCUCCCCUGGCCAGGUGUCCCCCAUGGGCCAGUGGGUGCUCCGGGGUCACGGAAGGUUGAACCAUGAAGCGUUGACAGAGGCCACACGGCGCCUGGCCGAGCGACAUCCGGCAUUGCGCCUGAAGAUCGUGGACCCCUUGCGCUAUCUCAGCUUCACCUUCGACGUGGGUGUGCUCUACACGCUCGUUGGGCCGCUUCUAGAGCGCGGAUCUUGGCUCGGAUGCAUCUUUCGCCAAGCCCUGGCGUGGGCACUGGAAAAGAGCUGGCCGCGGGUGCGAUGCUUCAGUCGCCGCGAAAUCUACGCCUCACGCAACGAAGCUGCAUUGCCGCUGGACAUCAUCCAGAUCAACCAUGGUCAGGAGGAGUUCGAAUCAACCUUGAAGAGGCGACGCUAUAAUUUGGUGCCGCCCGCGCAGAUCACAGGCUACGAGAUGGUCUGCCACCUUGAAGGCCAAUCUUUAGAUGACGGGAGUCACGAGGGUCGGGCGCAAGGGCUUUCGGGGAGGAGGCCGCAGUUGAUCUUGGUGGCUUUAGCAUCCGCCCUUUGGAAUGCUUUGGGUCCUCCAACUCUAGCAAACUUCCAAAAAUCGAAGGAGAAGAACAUGGGCGAUCCGGGGCACAUGAGAUUUAAAGGAGGUACCACCGCUCGCUUACAGCCUGAGCAGCUGAAGCACCUGAGCAGCUGA